GUACAAAUGACAAAUCAUCGCCUUUUUCUGUAUUUUAUCUAAGAGUUACAAACAUUUUUUUAUUUAAAAAAUUGCGGAAUUUUUUUUGUAUAUUGCUAUUUUUUAAUAAAAUCAGUUCUUGUUAAAUUAUUAAUCCUAGCAACUUUUUAAGUCCAUGGCCUUUUCGAUAUUAAUUUCAGGUUUGAUUCUCCAGGUACUUUGCAACAGGAGCUUCAUUCAGAAGCAUGUCCUUUGCCUUUAGAGUUGGGGCGUCAACAGUCAGCAAGAUUGUAAGAGAAACAGCUUGUAUAAUGUGGGAUGUAUUGCAGCCUAUACACAUGCCUACUCCAACAAAAGAAACCUUCGUCCAGGCAAGCUCUGAGUUUCAAGAGUUAUGGAACUUUCCCAAUUGUAUAGGCUGCAUAUAUGGCAAGCACGUGCGUAUAAUGUGCCCACCACACUCAGGUACAUUGUUUUUCAACUACAAAAAAUACUAUUCGAUAGUUUUACUAGCAAUAUGUGAUGCCAAAUACAGAUUCCUUGUCAUCGAUGUUGGAGGAUUUGGGAAGCAGAGUGACGGAGCUACAUUCAAUUCAUCUGAGUUUUACCACUUGUUAAAGAGCAAAAAAAUCUAUAUCCCGGCUAAUGCUUGUUUGCCUGGAACUGAUGUAAACAUGCCUUUUGUUUUUCUAGCCGAUGAGGCAUUCCCCUUAUCAGCGCAUGUACUCACACCUUAUAGCUCAGAAAAUCUAAAUGUAGAAAAAUGCAUUUUUAAUAAAAGACACUCCAGGGUUCGUAAAAGUAUUGAAUGCACGUUUGGCAUUCUCAACUCGAACUGGCGAUUACUGUCAAAAUGUAUUGAAACAAGUCAUGAGACAGCGGAUUAUUUAAUUAAGGCUGUUUGUAUUCUACAAAACACCAUAAUUGAUAAGGAGGGCUUUGAGAGACAUCUGACAGAAGUCGAAACUGAUCAACCAAAGAACAUUCAAGUUCCAAGAAGACCACGACAAAGAGGUCGCCAGUCAUCUGACGCUCUUCAUAUUCGGAACACUUUUACAAUUUAUUUUAAAGAAAAUCCUAUCCAUUUUCCAAACUAUUAGAUACAAUUGUGUCUUUUAUAUUAUUACUUGUAGCAGUUAUUAAGGGGAAAUGAGUUAAUGCAUAAUGCACUGAAAUAAAAUGAAGUAUUUACAAAAUAAAAGGCAAUUGAUUCUGUUAUAUUUGUAACAUGCUUAGUACCUGAACAGUUAUUUUCCUGUCCCACCUCCUUCCACAGCUUGUCAAGGA